GAUUUUAUUGUGUCAAGACGUCUUGAUGCCCGCAUAGUUAUCCGUUGUGCGCAGUAAACGGUCGCCCGCCUCCAUCUUGCAUUAUUCCCGUCAUCGUUUAAUUUCUAAGCAAAGGCAUAGAAUUUCAUACAGUUUGUGAACAUUUUAUUUGAACGAAUUCUGUUUGUGUCUCCCUUUUUAAGACAACAAUUCAGGUCGAAUUCAUCACGAAAUGAACAAAAAGUCACAUAAGAAAAAGCAAAAGAAGCGGGGAAAGGGAGAUGGCGGGAAGAACAAGGAGAACAUAGAAGAGGAGAGGGAGGUCCAAGACUCAACAGAUGAUACGGCUGUAACGGUGUCGAAGACAGAAAAACUCUGCUAUGAAGUGAAGCAUUCAGAAGUCAUGGGGAGAUACCUAGUUGCGUCACGCGACAUCCGAGCUGGUGAAACCAUCAUCCAGGAACCGGCUCUAGCGGUGGGUCCCUGCAGCGGCUGUUGCCUUGUCUGUCUCGGUUGCUACAGAGAAUUGGACGAGUCAUCUCUAACCAAAUGUCGCGGUUGCAAAUGGCCUCUGUGUAGCCACUCUUGUCCUGGAUUGAAUAAGUACACCGGCCACUCACGUUACGAAUGCGACACACUGAAGACGGUGCCACCAAAUUACAGAGACCUCGAAGAUCUAAAGGACUCUUACCAGGCAUUAAUGCCUUUGAGAUGUUUACUUCUCAAGAAAUACGAUCCGCCUAAGUGGGAAGCGAUAUCAGCCAUGGAAGCCCACAACGAGUUGAGACGUGCAAGAGGCGAUAUCUAUCCCUUGAACGAAAAACUCGUAGUGCGGCGGCUGCAAGCAUGGAAGUUGCAUUAUGAACCGGAUGAAAUACAUACAGUCUGCGGCAUAUUGGAGGUGAAUGCUUUCGAAGUGGGUGGUAGCGGAGCAAACGCGCGUGCCUUGUAUGAUAACGCAUACCUACUGGCGCAUGACUGCACCCCUUCCACUACUCACACUGACUUGGAGCGGGCGCCCGGUAGGCCACUUGUCAUACGCGCCUCCAUACCACAUAACACUGGAGAUAUCAUCUCCUUGUGCUACGCGUACACUUUACAGGGUACACUGAAACGUCGCGAGCACAUUAAACACAGCAAGUUCUUCGAUUGUACAUGCAAUCGCUGUGCAGACCCAACGGAGCUGGGAACGUACGCGAGCGCAUUCCGUUGCCCAAAGUGUGCUGGUCGCGUGCUGCCCACAGCACCCUUACAGUGUGACGCUCCGUGGAGUUGCAUCGACAAUCAAUGUCACUACAGUAUGCCCGCGACCGCCGUACAAUUAUUAUUAAAAAGGCUAACAGAUGAAUACGAGCAGAUUGACGUGAACGGCGUGCCAGGUUUCGAGAACUUUUUGCACAAGUAUCGUAACGUGAUCCACAACACUCACUAUCUGUGCCUGUCCGCGAUGCACUCGCUUAGCCAACUGUAUGGCAAAGUGGCCGACUACAUGAUACAUGAGAUGCCAGAGACGGAACUCAAUAGGAAGAUACAAAUCUGUAGAGACUUGAUGAAAAUUUUUGAUGUCAUAGAACCAGGGUAUUCGAGAUUGAGAGGAGUGACGUUGUAUGAACUCCACGCGCCACUUAUGAUUCUCACCACAAGAGACUUCGAAAGAAAAGCUAUAACAAAAGAAAAUCUUCGCAAUCGCCUAAAAGAGAUCGUUGGACACCUGACGGAAUCCGCGUUGAUUCUCGGAUUUGAGCCUGCACAUUCAUCUGAGGGCCUGAUGGCGACUGCAGCAAGAGAUGCCCUCAGCAAGAUCAAAACUUGGGAACAGAUUAUUGGAAAGAUAUCGUAAAAUUAAACUAACAUUCAAAAUGUCUACCACCAAAUUUUAAUG